AUGUGGACCAGAUUCGCGCUCGCUGCGCUCAGCUAUCAGGCCUUUGUGGAAGCACAGAAUACCACGACAGCUGAUGGCAUUCUCACGGCUUCACAGAUUGCGGCUGCCAUCAACAGCACCGGAUUCGUUCCGCCGGAAUUGAUCGACCUUGCUGCCAACUUUCUGAUCAGCGCCGCAAAUUCUACCAGAGCAGCAAUUGAUUCUGCAUUGGAAAAUAAUCCCGUGUCUGCAAAGCGUGAUGAUCCUGAGCUCUACUACUCUUAUGGCCGAUCGCCACCAGUCUAUCCUUCCCCUGAGGGACGCGGUGAUGGCAAUUGGACAGAAGCCUACGAAAAGGCUCGAGAUACCGUCUCUCAAAUGACUGAUGCUGAGAAGAACAAUAUCACCAUUCCCUCCUCGGAUACUCGUGGCUGCACUGGCUUCACUGGAACUGUCGAACGUCUAGGAUUUCCGGGCAUCUGUCUCAAUGACGGACCUUCGGGCUUUCGAGGAGAAAGCAAUGGUACUUCGACAGGCUUUCCGGCGCAGAUUCACAUCGGCGCUAGCUGGGACCGAAAUCUUGCCUACCAACGAGCGAAACAGCUGGGAAUCGAAUUCAAGGCGAAAGGCGUGAACGUCUUCUUGGGUCCAGUGGAAGGCUUCUCCAGCGAUCCAUAUUUAGCUGGUCAACUUGUCGACCCGGCCAUUCGAGGUCUGCAGGAGAAUGUCAUCGCCAGUGUUAAGCACUUCAUUGCUAAUGAACAAGAAACGAAUCGCAACCCCUUCGUGCAAGGGCUCCUAGCUCCUUUGGGCCUCAAUCUUAAUGUCUCUCUGUCUUCGAAUGUGGACGAUCGUCCAAUGCACGAACUGUACCUCUGGCCUUUCUACGAUGCUGUCCGCGCUGGCGCAGGCAGCGUCAUGUGCAGCUACCAAAAUAUCAAUGGCUCCUACGGCUGCCAAAACAGCAAAACCAUGAACGGGCUUUUGAAAACUGAGCUGGGCUUCCGUGGCUUUGUGUUGAGUGACUGGUAUGCGCAGCAUACCGGCAUUGCGUCUGCGAACGCAGGAAUGGACAUGGUCAUGCCUACCGAUAUCUACUGGGGCGAUGAGACUCUGGCCAAAGCCGUAGACAAUGGUACCGUAAACGCGACCAGACUGGAUGACAUGGCUACUAGGAUUCUCGCAACCUGGCAUCGCUUCGCCGAGCUGGAGGAACCUGGCACGGAAGAAUUCGAGAAUACUACUGUCAGCGACGAGGAAUCGACACGAGUGGCCUUCCAAGCCGCUGUGGAUGGACAUGUCCUCAUCAAGAACGUCAACAACGCGUUGCCGCUCAACAGACCUGCGGCAUUGAAUGUGUUCGGCUGGGAUGCUGUCGGCGGGCUCAACACCUCGGCACUGAACCCACAGCUUUGGGGCGUAUCUGUUCAGAAUGCACUCAAAUACACCAACGGGGAUGACUUCAAUGAGCUUGUGUACAUUCAGCUUGCUGGCUCGAUCUCUCCUGCUGGCACCUCAGUGCCUGAAGUGGCGUUCAAUGGAACACUUAUUACUGGAGGCGGCAGUGGUGGCAUCCAUCCGGUCUUCACCAUCGCUCCCUACGACGCUCUCUUAUCUCAGUCGCUUGAAGACGACACCACUUUGCACACAGAUUUCACCGAUAACAACACCCCGACUGUGGAAGACCCCAACGCUCCUUGCCUAGUCAUCAUCAACUCCUUCGCUUCAGAAGCCGCAGACCGCGCAACUCUAGCCGACGAGUACUCUGACACCCUCGUCACAAAUGUCGCCAAUCAAUGCGCCAACACAAUCGUCGUAAUCCACCACGCCGGCACACGUCUCGUAGAUCGCUGGAUCGACCACGAAAACGUCACAGCCGCAAUCUUCGCUCACCUCCCCGGCCAAGCAUCCGGCCAAGCCCUCACCGAAAUCCUCUACGGCCGCCAAUCUCCUAGCGGUCGCCUCCCAUACACCGUCGCUCGUGCCGAAUCCGACUACGGCGCCCUACUUCGCCCAGACCUCCCCACACUAGAAGACCCGCAAUAUUCCCAAUCCAACUUCUCCGAAGGCGUCUUCAUCGACUACCGCCACUUCAUCCGCGAAAACAUCGAACCUCGCUUCGCUUUCGGCUACGGCCUCACAUACUCCUCUUUCAACUACUCCAACCUCGAAAUCAACCUCUCAUCCUCCGCAAACAAAGCCCUCCUACCAUCCGACGCCCUCUCCCCAGAAACUGUCGCUCCUGAAGGAGGUCUCAAUUCUUUAUACGAAAUCAUCGCCACAGUCUCUAUUUCCGUCGCAAAUGUGGGUGAGGUCGCCGCUGCGGAAGUCGCGCAGCUUUAUUUGGGAAUUCCGAACAGUGAUGUGGAGAGACAAUUACGUGGAUUUGAUAAGAAGUUGAUUCGGCCGGGGGAGUUUGCGAACUAUGAGUUUGCGUUGAGGAGGAGGGAUUUGAGUGUUUGGGAUGUGGUCAGUCAGAAUUGGGAGAUGCAGGAGGGGGAGUAUAGGGUUUUGGUGGGGAAGAGUGUUUUGGAUACGCAGUUGGAGGGCACGUUUAGGUUGAGUGGGGAGGUUAAUGUUGUUGAUGGCGGGGCGGUUUCUGGUGAUGGUGGUGGUGGUGGUGGUGGUGGGGACCAGCCUAGUGAGGGUGUGAGGUUGGGUGGUUUGACGCCAUGGACAGUGGUCGCUGGUAUGGUGGGUUGGGCGGUUGCGCUGUGUAUAUCUUGAGAUGAGAACAUAUAUGUGAAGCAGAUGUACACCAAGAAGAAUAUUGGUUGUCAAGGAAGCAGACACAGAUCAUAGAAUUGAAGCAGACUUUUUCCCAC